AUGCCCCCCAAGACUGGAAAGAAGGUGGCCCCUGCCCCUUUCCCUCAGGGAAAGGCUGGCUCGAAGAAGGCUCCUAAGAACCCUCUCAUCGAGAAACGCCCCCGCAACUACGGCAUCGGCCAGGACAUCCAGCCCAAGCGAAACCUCUCCCGCAUGGUUAAGUGGCCCGAGUAUGUCCGUCUCCAGCGCCAGAAGAAGAUCCUUCAGAUGCGCCUGAAGGUCCCCCCUGCGCUGUCCCAGUUCCAGCACGUCCUCGACCGCAACACUGCUGCGCAGGCUUUCAAGCUCCUCAACAAGUACCGCCCUGAGACUAAGGUCGAGAAGAAGGAGCGUCUCCUGAAGGAGGCUACCGCGGUCAAAGAGGGCAAGAAGAAGGAGGACGUCAGCAAGAAGCCUUACAUCGUCAAGUACGGCUUGAACCACGUUGUCGGUCUCAUUGAGAACAAGAAGGCUUCCCUGGUCCUCAUCCCCAAUGAUGUUGACCCCAUUGAGUUGGUUGUCUUCCUGCCUUCUCUCUGCAAGAAGAUGGGCGUCCCCUACGCCAUUGUCAAGGGCAAGGCCCGUCUCGGCACUGUCGUCCACAAGAAGACCGCUGCUGUUCUGGCCCUCACCGAGGUCCGAUCAGAGGACAAGGCUGAGCUUUCCAAGCUCGUCUCUUCCAUCAAGGAGGGCUUCAUGGAGAAGCACGAGCAGACUCGCCGACAGUGGGGUGGUGGCAUCAUGGGCGCCAAGGCUCAGAUGCGCAUUGCCAAGAAGCAGAAGGCUGUGGAGGCUGCCACCAAGAUUUAA